UAGGAGUCGGAGCCGCCGCCCGUCCUCCAUCCUCCUGCACGGCAGGGGCAGCCACACUUGUUGGUUCCUCUCCCUCUACCCUCUCCCGUGUGGCGGCGGGGGAUAUCAUCUAUGAUGGGGUGGCUGCGGCUCCACUCCCUCUUCUCCCCUCUCCGGAGGAUGUGGGUGAGGGCGCAUUCCGAGCGCCGGAACCGGAGGGGGAUGCGCAUCCUGUACAAGGACGUGCAGUCCUGCCAGGACGAGGACGUGCGCGUGCUCUGGUCCAUCCUCAUCGACUCCCACCGCCACCACCACCACCACCCGGCCGUCCUCGACCUCGAGCUCUGAAGAAGAAUCUCAUCAGCGCGAUGGCGUGCACGUACGUAUUUAUGCACGUGGGAUCGAUAUGUGAUCAAGAGAGCACAGCACUGGCCUUCCAUUAUUCCUUCAGAAAAAGAAAAAAAGGACUCGAGGUUGAAGAAGAAGAAGAAGAAGAAGAAGAUAGACUGAGAGAGAGGUGUUUAAUUCUAUGCUUUUGUGUGCUGCUGUUUUCCUUUUCUUUUCUUUUUUUUUUGCACCUUUGUUCUGGGCUUGAAAAAACUGAGUGUGAGGUUGAGCUCUCUGUACAUAGACACACACUUGCUCAAGUGCCUUACCUUCAAUUC